CUGCGAUUGGUCUGUGAAUGAGCUGAUCACACCCUGGGUUUCAUUUUUAAGGGAAGGUUUCAACGUGCAAACGUUCUGAAUCUCCAACACAUUACGGUCACGAUGGGGUUCACUGUUGAAGAUGUGGAGUUUACCGCUGGCCAAGACCUGACCAUUGUUGGCAAGGUGAACUCUGGCUGCGAUGCCUUCUCCAUCAAUAUCGGCCAUGACAGGGACUCCGUGGCCUUGCACCUCAAUCCUCGUUUUAAAUUCAACAGGGACCGCAACGUCAUCGUGUGUAACUCAAACCGCAGUGGAUGGGGAAAGGAGCAGAAAGAGAAACACUUUCCAUUCCAACGUGACCAGACCUUCAAGGUGGUGAUUAACUUCAACAAUGAGCAUUUUCAUAUCACACUCCAGGACGGCAAACUGAUAAGCUUUCCAAACCGUUUCGGAGACGACAGCUUUAAAUUGCUCUACGUGGAUGGUGAUGUCACGAUAAGCAACAUCAAGAUGAAGUGACAUGCUCCACAACACUCAGAUCACUCUCAUACUACACAGAAUAUACAUGUGUACACUAUUACAUGUUGUCUGACUGUGUAUGGAGUAAUUGUUUUGUAAAGCUUUGUAGAGCUUGGAAAUAAACAUCACUUAUUAAAAAAUUU